CCAGCGACAGAGUUGACCACGGCCCCACCAGCCAACCCGCUGUCAGAACAGGCACUGGCACCAGCCAACCAGACAACAGAUCCUGUACAGGUACCAGCUCCGGUGAGUCCCGGCCAAAAGGCCUCGACUACGUGCGCACCACACAGGAGCUCCUAGCUGACAUUGGCAGGCUCGAACUCGAUAGAGGAAGCGAGGGCGACGCGCGGCUCUCGGAUAUCGAGGACGAGCCCCAAUUAUGAAGACACCAGCAGUAGAGGUAGCCCAGGUCAAUCUGCAUCACGCGGUGGCCGCCUCGGCGGUCAUUGCGAGCAGGUUUGCCACGGAAGACCUGGGCAUACUGCUAAUACAGGAACCGUGGACCUACAGAGGCCAGGUGAAGGGCCUUAACCACAACAACAAUAAGGUAAUUUGGGACCUCUCCUGCGAGAGGCCCAGAGCGUGUGUAGUGCUGAAAAAUGAUAUUAACUAUUUCUGCAUUACAGAGUUUCUAACACAGGACCUGGUAGCAGUCCAGACUACCUUGAAGGUUGAUGGCAGGGAGUUGGAGGUGGUCUUGGCUGCAGCCUACUUUCCGGGGGACAACGCCAACGUGCCGCCCCUUGAGGUACAGCAGCUUCUGGAAUCCUGCCGCAGGAAAAGACUUCCUGUCAUUCUAGGCUGCGAUGCAAACGCCCACAAUAUGGAGUGGGGCAGCUCGGACACUAACCGUAGGGGUGAGUGCCUUUUAGAAUAUAUCAUAAGUGCAGACCUGAGCAUUCACAAUGUCGGCAAUGAACCAACGUUCAUUACUAGGGUCAGAGAGGAAGUUCUUGACAUCACGAUCAGCAACAGACUGGCCAGUCCUCUGAUCGGCCAGUGGAAAGUCUCAUCUGAGCCUUCACUGUCAGACCACAGGAUUGUCCGGUUACCAUAAGAGAAACCCCAGGAAAACUGACUGGG